GUAAAUUCAUAGCUAAAACUCACAAACUAGAGCUUCAAGAGUUAGAAGAGGCUUCAAGAGCUCUAUCUCUCUCUUAAUUUCUCUUGGCCUUUGAUACUUUUUCCCGCUCAUAAGUUUUUUCGAUAGUCCGACCAAACAAAGGGAGAGAAAACUAAUCAAGAAACAUCAAGAAAUGGCUCUAACUAACAAUUUAUGGGCAUUUGUGUUUGGAAUCUUGGGUAACAUCAUAUCAUUCGUCGUGUUCUUGGCCCCAGUGCCCACUUUUGUAAGGAUAUGCAAGAAGAAAUCAACCGAAGGUUUUCAGUCUCUACCCUAUGUUUCAGCACUUUUUAGCGCGAUGCUUUGGAUUUACUACGCUAUGCAAAAAGAUGGCACAGCCUUUCUUCUCAUCACCAUAAACGCUUUUGGAUGCGUCAUCGAAACCAUCUACAUCGUCCUCUUUGUCUCCUAUGCUAACAAGAAAACUAGAAUAUCCACUUUGAAAGUUCUUGGUCUCUUGAACUUUUUGGGAUUUGCCGCCAUUGUUCUUGUCUGCGAGCUCUUAACCAAAGGUUCAACACGUGAGAAAGUUCUCGGAGGGAUUUGCGUUGGAUUUUCCGUCAGUGUUUUCGCAGCUCCUUUGAGUAUCAUGAGAGUGGUGGUACGAACAAGAAGUGUGGAGUUUAUGCCUUUCUCUUUAUCGUUGUUUCUUACAAUUAGCGCCGUCACGUGGCUCUUCUACGGUCUCGCUAUUAAAGACUUCUACGUUGCCCUUCCAAAUGUAUUAGGCGCGUUCUUAGGAGCUGUUCAAAUGAUUCUCUACAUAAUUUUCAAAUACUACAAAACUCCUGUGGCUCAGAAGACAGAUAAAUCCAAAGACGUGUCCGAUCAUUCCAUCGACAUAGCAAAGCUAACGACCGUCAUACCCGGUGCAGUUUUGGAUUCCGCGGUUCAUCAACCGCCUGCUCUUCACAAUGUUCCCGAGACUAAAAUUCAAUUGACCGAGGUCAAGAGCCAGAACAUGACCGAUCCGAAAGACCAGAUCAACAAGGAUGUCCAGAAACAAAGUCAAGUUUAAGUAGUGAAUCUUAUUUAGAGCCUCAUUAAUAAUGCAUUGUUUGAGUUGUGCACUCUAGCUAACUUUCCUUUUACUGUAGCUUUUUGGAUUUUGUGGUCUUUGUCUCUUUAAUUAGUUUUCUUGUACCACUUUUUAUUUCUCAUCAUUUUCAUUCCAGGGUAUCUGGAAAUUGUGCUAUAUAUGAUCAAUAAAUAAGUUGUUUUAAGAAAAAC